GUCCCCCGGCGGGUCUCUGUCUCUCUCUGUGCUCUCUCUUUCGCCGCUCCUCCCAGAUCCGCGCGUGCGUUCCUGUUCCCGUUCCUUUCCGGCGGCGUCGUCGUCUUCCUCCAGAUUCGACUCGAAUCUCUUCGACUCGACGAUUUCCUAAGCGAUAAUGGCGGAGGAGGGGCACAAGGUGGCGCUCAACGUGUACGACCUCAGCAACGGCCUCGCGCGCCAGCUCUCCACCUCCUUCCUCGGCAAGCCCAUCGAGGCCAUCUGGCACACGGGCGUGGUGGUGUACGGCAACGAGUACUUCUUCGGGGGCGGGAUCCAGGCGGCGCCGGCGGGGGCCACGCAGUACGGCCGCCCCGUGCGGGUCGUCGACCUGGGCGUCACCCACCUGCCCCGCGAGGUCUUCGAGGACUACCUCCGCGACAUCGCGCCGCGCUACACCGCCGCCACCUACAGCCUGCUCACCCACAACUGCAACAACUUCAGCAACGAGGUCGCGCAGUUCCUCGUCGGCGCCGGGAUCCCCGACUACAUCCUCAACCUGCCCAACGAGGUCAUGUCCAGCCCCAUGGGCGCCAUGAUCAUGCCCAUGAUCCAGAACCUCGAGGCCACGCUCAGGAACAACGCCGCGCCCCAGACCACGCAGUUCGUGCCCACUCCGGCCUCGGUCUCUGUGCCGCAGCCGGCGGCGGCCAGCAAGACACCUGCUGCCCCUACGAGUUCUACAACUGCUGCUGCUGCUAGUGCGGCGCCCGUUGGCUCUUCUUCCAAGAAAGAAGAAGAGAAGAAGGUCGAGAAGCAGACUCCGGAGAAAGCCGCCGCUGCAGCAGCGCCCACUGUGGCCGACCCUCUCGGCAGCGCGAGGGGGAAGGUGCAGGAGGAGGUGAUGAGGGAGUUUGCGGCGCUCAUGGCCAGUGGCACGCUGCGGGCAAGUGAGGCAGCGGCGCUGGCCAUGCGCCGGGUCAUGGAGCGCCACGGCGACGGCGCCAGAGUGCAGGCCUAGUGACCUGAAACUAUUUUACACACGUUUGAUCUUUGAUGCAAUUGCAAACUGAUAGUAAUUGGGAACGGUUGCUUACUUGUAUUGCAGCAUGGAACUCACUCAAUUUUAUUUGUCCGAUUUGUUUUGAUGGUAUGGAAUUAUAUGCCUAUAUGGUUUCUUCAAUGCUAGAUUUCUUGGUUCACUGCUAAA